ACCUACCGUCAUUAUGACUGUGAUCUGUGAUUAUGACAAUUAACGAUCUUUAUAAAUAAAUGUACCAAUUUCUAAGACCUUUUCUUCAGUGAUAUGGCUGGAAAUCAUGGAAAAUUCAUCGACAGAUCCCCGAUAAUAUGUCCCGCCGGACUAUCUAUUGGAGAUCACAAUGACAAUGUCGCUUCAACUCUGAAGCAUCAAAGAGUGGUCGACGAAAUAGAUGCAUUGAAGCACGACGCAAAAAUUUGGAAAGAGGACGAAUUUGUGGUCCCUAAGCAACUUCCCAAUUUUAAAAAUCCGAAUUUCAAAGGAACAAACACAGAAAUCAAAGAAGUGUUAUGCCCACCAGUUCUAACCAGAUAUCAGCAACUGGUUACUGACUUAAAAGACACAUGCUACGAUUCAUACUGGAAUGCUGAUGUCGGUAAAUCUAGAGAUCCCAAUCAAGGAUUGCCAGCUGGGAUGAAUAUUGUAGGAACUACCUUUGGUACACCAUCCGUAAGAGAUAUUUCUGUAAAAGAACUUGUGAACCCAUCUAAAGGUCCGUACCAAGUUCUGGCUGAAAGCCAAGUUGCUCAUGACAUGUACAAAAAGACUCACAGAGACUAUAACCCAUCAGAAAAAAUAGACAGAGGAUACUAUCGUCCAGCGUACGACCCUAAGAGAUGUUACGGUGCAAAAACCAAGUACGACCCCAGAGGCAUAUGGGCUAAAUGUGCCCUGGAUUGGUACGAAAAAAGGCCUGUUGUACACGCUGCUAAAGUACAAGCCGAUUAUUUGGAUAGAACUAGGCCAAUACUUGGGAAAGUAUUAGCUCCCAACAAAAAUAUUGAAUGCGUACCCAAAGGUUACUCUUUCGGCACGAACAAGUUUCAAGAAAGAUUCGGGAUGGAAGAAUUAUUGAAGGACGCGGGAGUAUCGCCCAGUAUAUACAAAAAAGAUGUGUACCGCUGGGUAUCGUCUUUGAACAAACUGCGAUUACAAUUGAAGGAAAAAUGCAGAAGAGGCUACAACUUGAAUGAUUUAUUCCAGAAAGCACUAUAUAUUGACAAGGAAAAAACGGACUGGAUAAAUACGUCUGAUUUUUUCGAUCUGUGUACCUGCAGUCGGAUCAAGUUCUCCACGCAGGAUCUCAUGGAACUGUGCGAACAUCUCAAGUAUAUCCACAAUGAGAAAAUCAAUUACAGAAAAUUUAUAGAAAUGAUCGACAUAAACAGAGAUUUUCCUUCGGAUUUUAAGAUCACUAAUGAUCUCCCAGACAAGAACAAAUAUUACAUCACCUCAUCCCAAGCUGCCAGCUGCGAUUAUCUUUUUAUUAACAAUGAAGUACUGCCUCCUGCUGGUAUACCGUCCAUUAGAAACGACCUACCCAGACCUAUAGUACCGGAAGGAGGCUGCAGGGCCGACCUUGACAAUCUCGGAGAAGAAACGUCAGCCAAGGCUGUCGUUAAUCCCAGUAUCUAUACCAACUACGGCUUGAACUACAGAGACUUCUUUAUGCCUAGGUCUGCCGAAACUAUCAGGAAUCUUUUUGAGAAAAUCGGAUAUACUUUUCCCGGCAAUAGUUUCGAAGAAUUAUGGAAAAUGGGACUGGAUAUGGAUUGUACAGGCAUGGUGUGCAUAGAUACCUUCAAGAAGCUCCUGCAAAGACAGUGUGCCAAACCCAAACUGCUAGUGGACGAAAAAGAUAUUGAAUGUGCGCGUUUGAAGAUCUAAAUUAUUUAAUGUUCUUUUUUUGAAUAAAGAAAAUUUAUUUCU